AUGGAGCAGCUGCCUACAACACCGACCAGAGGAAUAUUCCCGCACCGGUACGACAGACAACGGGGCAGCUUCGACAUCAACAGCGUGGAAUCCCACACCGGUGCACUGAGUACCAUGCUGACGAUGGAGCACGACGGCGUAUACCAGCAGGCAUACGUGGGGGGAAGGCUCCACACACCGUCAGACCCACGACAUGCUGCGCAGGGUGUUCGCGCAGCACUACGGGGACAUCGUCAGCAGGGGACCCAAUCCCUGGAAUCGGCUUGCCCGGAGAUAGGGAAAAGGGGUUCCCGUAAAGCACCGCGGCUCUUGCGGUGUCCGGUGCGCUCUCGCCGGCCCUUGAAAAUCCGACGGAGACUCGUGAUUCUCGUGCCAGGCCGUACCCAUAUCCGCAGCAGGUCUCCAAGGUUAACAGCCUCUAGUCGAUGCAACAAUGUAGGUAAGGGAAGUCGGCAAAUUGGAUCCGUAACUUCGGGACAAGGAUUGGCUCUGAGGGCUGGGCCAGUCGGGCUGGAGUACGAAGCGGGACUGGGAAGGGCACGGGCUGGGCGAGGCCUGCCGCUCUCCCUGGUCGCGUCGUCCCUCUCCGCUCUUGGUUCUCUCUCGCCCGGUUGUUCCUGGCGUGUCGGCGUUCGGCGGGUUCGCGCUCGUCGGGUGCCUCUCGUCGGGUUUCGGCCGGGGCCGGGGGCGUUCCGUCGGGGCGGUCUGGGCGCGCGGCCACUCGGGGGUGGCGUGUCGGGAUCGAGCUCGGACCGUUGCUUCAACCUUCCCGUGGACUGCCUCAGCUAUGCGGCGGCGCCCCGUGCGUCGUCCGUGUCGGCUGGCAUUCAACAGCCAACUCAGAACUGGUACGGACCAGGGGAAUCCGACUGUCUAAUUAAAACAAAGCAUUGCGAUGGCCGUCACCCGGUGUUGACGCAAUGUGAUUUCUGCCCAGUGCUCUGAAUGUCAAAGUGAAGAAAUUCAAAAAAGCGCGGGUAAACGGCGGGAGUAACUAUGACU